CUUUCAUUCAUUUUUUUUCCUUCGUUUUUACUUAUUAUUAUUAUUUAUUAUUAUUAUUAUCAAACAUCGUGAUUCAAUUAUUCAAUUUAAUAUGUGUCCCAAUGUUGGUAAAGUCAGUACACCAAUACCAAGUAAUUCCUUUGAAGUGACUCGUCUUCCAUCUCAAAAUGUUCAAGACAUGAAUAUCCAAAUCUUACCUGAUGAUGAUCUUUUUACUCUUCUCAGAAAGACGUGGCAAUGGUUUAAAGAUAAUCCCAAAGUUCAAGUUUUUUUAAACAAGAUCAACCCUAUCUUUGAUGGUCGUCCAAAUAUCUUUUUUUCGAAAGGUCUCAAGCGCGGUGAUGAUAAUGGUGGUAUAUCCUCUGAAGCCAAUCGUCAAGAAGGAAACCGUUCUGAUGGUAUCUUCAAGCAACUUGGAUCUGCAAGUCGAUCUUGUUACGACGUUGCAAGGCAUCGUAUCUGUUUGACUUGUAGUUUCAUCAGGAUGUUGACUAAUGGUAGCUGUUUCCCUGGAGUAUUCCUAUCUGAACUGCACUUUGGUAGAUUCUUGUCAAGUUAUAACAUUGUCGAAAGUAGUUACAACCGAAUUCAAGAUCUGGUCACCCGAAAGGACAGUCGUCAUAGUUUGCUGUAUUACCUUGAUGUCGAGCAACAUGAGCGUAUGCUCUUUCAACAAUUUGGUGUCAAUAUCAAGAUCGAAAUGGCCAUGACCAAGACUCAUGUUCUUCCUACUCCAAAGAUCACCUACCAUAUUUCCUCUCAAAAAGAUGCCUCUGCUCCUAUCAGUGGUGUUUGGAAUCUCCGUGUUAAGAAAGUCGGAAAGACUGCCAACCUCCGUUCUCGGUCUAUUGUCAACUUUGCAAAUAAUGUCCAUAAUAAUAUGGUCCAAGGCUUUAUUCGUGAAUUGAAACGCUUAUUGAUAUUGGCUCGAACGCAUGCAUUUCAGUUUGAUGCAAUGAAACUUCCAAGUCUUUUACCCUCUCUAGUACACGUCCAAUUGGCCACCCUCACGGCAUAGGUAGUUAUUAUAUAGUUAUUAUUAUCAUCUUUACGAUAUUAAUUUACAUAUGCAUCCAUAUAUCAGCGUACUGUUUUUUUAUAUUGAUUAGUUAUCUUCAUUUUACACAUUAAUAAAAUUAUCUUGUCUUCCAU